AUGGAAUCGAUCAGCACCGCGUUGCACUCGUAUAUACGAGGCUACGAUAGAGAUAGGCUUUCUAGAGAACUUGAGCGAGCGGAAGAGCCCGUAGACACGGGGGCGGCUCAGCUGCAGGCAUCAGACUAUCUUCAACAACUCGAAUGCUGCAAUCUGUUGUGGGUGAUCAGGGGGCUUCUCACUGAGCUGUCAGCGUGUUUGGGCGACGAGGUGGUAUUUGACAGUGCUGUGAGAAAUUACAAGAAGUUACUGAGCAAGGCCAAGGAUUUGAAGGAGAUGAUAGCUGGCGAAGCGAUAAUACUGACCGAGAUCAACAAGCAAACCCAGGAAUUUGGGGUGAAGAUAAAGGACGAGAUGGUUGCGCUCCUUCCAAGAUAUCUCAGUUUUGGGAACGAUUCUCUCCAGUAUAAUAACAAACACAAUGAUCUGACCUUCCUGGAGUAUCUAAGUUGCAGCUACGAAUUUUGCGCCUUGGUAGAGGACGAGUUUUUGCACUAUUUUGGCUUCCAUAAGCUCUUCGGCCGUGAACUCUCUGCGAAUCUGGGACGGGCCAACAAGCUCUCGUACGAUGGAGAACACAUAGUGCUCGAAUUCGGUAGGCAGACAACGUUUUCUGGGUUUCUUCAGAGCGUCGAAAACGUGAUUAAUUUUUUUAACCUGUUUAUGGACCACAACAGAAAUGGCGAAAAGUAUCACCUGGGAGCCGUCAAACUGAGCGUGUCCAAGCUGCUUAUGGCAGCACUAAAGCAGCGCAUGUUUGACUCUGAGAACAUCUAUUCGUUGAUCCUGGGCAAAUACGGAGCUGGCGACAGCAAGACAAUCGGCCAGUUGCAGGUGAUAUCCGAGCUUCUGGCUCAAGACGGGUGGUCAAGGGACGGUACCUGUGAUUUGGAGUUCUGGAUUGACGAUCUGGUUAGCUACUGGGUAGAGACGCUGGUGGACAAGAAGCUUGAUGAAAUAAAAGAAAUGGCCAUAAGUGGCGAGCUCGAGAAGCUUGAAAAGGAAGAGCUAUGCGAGAAAGAAGCAGACCCGACAGAUGAGGACGACUGGAACGACGAAUGGGACAAGGGUUGGGACGAGAACCCAGAAAUACCAGAGAAUGACGACUGGGACGCCUGGAAUGAGGAUUGGAAGGAUGAUAAGAACGAUCUGGGUGUCAAGUCCAUAUCAACAAACAGCAAGCUGUCGAACGUUUCCUCCACAGUGAGAUACUCAUGUGUUUGCAGUUGGAUGAAGAAUUUGGUGGCAGAUUUUUACAACAACUACGAGCAGCUGAAGUCGAAGGCAGAGUCCGUGGAAAAUGCAGAAGGUUUGUUCAAGAUGAAUAUCAAAAAGCUUGUCUUCUGUUUUUUCAUGGUUGUUAGCGAAUCGUAUAGCAGCUGGGUUGCGUUCUACACCGACUACUCCAAGAUCGUCGACAAUCUGGCUGCCAAGUACUCUGUGAACCUCGAGUCCUGCUACGCCUUAAAACAGCGGCUGCGCAUACAACAUGUCCAGCAAUACUUGGAGACCAUAUUUAAAACCAUCCGUCCUCACGAGGACGUUCUGUUCCGCGACAACGGCUACGAGAACAGCGUGCGUGCACGCCACUCCAAGACAUUGCUACACGAGCUGGACGGGGUGUUUGGUGAGAUCAAUAAAGCGUACGUGAAGGGAACGGGCGUGAACAACGUUCUGGUCCACGAGGUGGCAAGCUCGAUGGUGGCCCAGGUCAGCGGAUAUCUGAGCCAGAUGAUAAUUUCGCGCUCCAGCAUUGACUCCGACGAGUCACAAAUCCUGUCCGACACGUUGGCUGGCUUCUUGCGUCUUUUGGUGCCUUCUGAGCUGCCUGAACUUCGGAAAAUACAGAGCUACCAAAAGCUAGAGCAGAUGAAGCUGGUCCUGGACUCGGGCCUGCGCGAGAUCCUGGAGAGCUUCUACGACGCGAAAUUCUUUGAGCUGGCGACGAGCGAGCUCGUCGGACUGCUCAAGAGCCUGUUCGUGGACUCUUCGCUGCGCCAGAGCGUGAUUGACGAAAUCCUAGAAAUGAGAAGUAAUUGA